AUGCUGAUAUUAGCAACCCCUCCAUAUACUAUGCAAUAUUUUUACAUCAAUUUGAUCAACUGGACAUGUCUUAUGCCUUCAGCAUGCAAUGUUCCAAUGUACUAUUGGCCUCUGAGAUAUUGGCAGGGUAGUGACCUUCUACCAAUCAGAAGAAUUAGCAACAAGGUGCUCAGUCUUAUAUGUCUCUUAAUGAUGACAAGCAUAACAGGUCGCAUGGUGCUUCUUGAAAAUAAACCCAUUUGGCAGGGUGUAGUUCUUCCAUGGUUGGUACAGAAGGCAAUGCUCCACCAUAUGAAGAUCACAAUGUCAUGGGACCUGGCAUGGCAGGUAGUGAUGACUGCUGGGGCAGAUUAUGAUUUUAAGCCAAAGUAUGAGUGA